AUGGGCAAUUCGCUAAAGCCACAAAACAAAACUCAGGAUGUCUUACUGUCUGAGAAGGCAAACAUCGCAUGGAGCACAAUAUUUGCUUUAGUCGCUGUCAUCAUUUUGGCGGGAAAUUCCCUUACAGUUGCAGCGUUCACUACCAGACGUUUGGUGCGCAGGCGCACACAUUUCUUUCUGAUCAGUCUGGCCGUGGCUGACUUGAUGGUUGGGGCCCUGGUGAUACCACUUUACAUCUACUUAAGUAUACAGACGGAUUUGCCGAAAGGCGCUGUGCAUCACGUCUUCGAAGCAGUGGAUAUUCUUGCAGGGCUUGCUUCAGUCUUUACCCUAGCCAUGAUAUCCGCGGAAAGACUUGUCGCUGUUGGCUGGCCGCUUGUUCACCGGAUGUUUCGUAAGCGAAGCUACUUUAAUUUCAUAAGCUUUGCUUGGUUAUUUGCCUUAGCUAUAUCAGUAAUAAAUCUGCUCUAUCGUUACAAAAUAGUGCCUUACUUUGCUACCCUGGAUAUUGUGCUGACUGCUUUGUUGACCUCUAUUGUUUUCACUUGCACUGCGUACAUCGCUUUAUGGAUCAAAGUUCGUUUUCGGGAUUACGGAGGAUUUCUUGGUAGGGAACAUGACAAAAAGCUUGUAAAAACGUUGUUUCUUGUCACUGGAGUUUUCGUUUUAACAUGGACGCCUUUUCAGGCGCUGCUGUUUGUUGUCCAUUUCUGCGGAACUUGUCCGAUCCCCCCGCAGAAUGUAGUAAACUUUAUUAAGCUACUACAUUUCUGUAACUCUUUUAUGAACCCAAUAAUUUACUCCUUAAGAAUACCUGAGUUUCUCAUUGCAAUUUCUGACAUCUUUAACUGUCGAUACACCCCACAUAAUAGUGAAAUUACCCUAAGAACACUACGCGGACAAACCUUGGAUACAAUGACAGGAAUUCUAAGUUCCUAUUCGUCACUGAAUGUGCGUUUCUGCAUGGGCACAAAGAAUAUGGUCACAUCUGAAUUAAAUUCGUCGACGUUCAGGCAAAAAUUCUUCAAGAGGACAAGCUCCAGGAUGAACUCUAGUCGUAGGACGCACGUGACUACGUCUCCAGUUUGA